AUGUCGUCACCCCCGCCCCCGUCGACAGGAGCCAGUCUGGCCCAGGUGGAGGCGGCAGUGGCAGCGGUGGCUGGCGAGCUCGGCUCGUCGUCGGCCCGGCUGGCGGCGUCGCUGGCGUCGUCGGUGGAGGCCAUGGCAGGCAUGUCGGCGGCCAUGGACUCUAUGCUCGCCGAUGCUCUCGCGGUCCGUGCCGAUCUGCGCCCGCCGCUCUCCCCGACCUCCCUGCCCGUUCUUGCUGUCCGCCUCGCCCACACCGGCUCGGCCCUGCCGCUUCCCCCACUCGCCGUGACCGUCGUCGGCCGCGCCCCGUCGGCGGCCGGUCGAGCCCCGCUGGUCACGACCGCUGCAGACGACGGCUCCGUCGAGAUCAUCCUUGCCCCCGCAACCGAUCCCGACGUGGAGUCGGUGCCAGUGAUGCUAGAUGAUGGCGUGGUGCUGGCGCCGGGCAAAGAUGUGGUCAUUGCCCGCCCGCUCAACAUCGUCGGCGGGCCGGGCCAGUGCAACGUCGAAGUGGUCGUCUCGUGGCGGUCGCCAGGAACGGGCAAGCCGCAGUCCAAGGCCAUCUGCGUCGGCAUGUACCUGUGGUCGCAGGCUGCCACCAUUGUUGCGGGUGCUGCCACUGUGCCGAAUACAGCCGUGGAAGUCGGCGUUGUGGCAGCUGCUCCGCUGCGGACGCUGCUGCGGAUCGCACCGCUGGACGGCCUGGCCGGAAGCUAUCGAGCCGAGUGGGAAGGCGCUGAUGAGCUGGCUGCAGUGUGCGCGCAGCUCUAG